AUGCACAAUAAUUGGGGCCCUGCUGACGGUCUGCCUCGCUUAUCAGCCAUGUGCACGGCUAGCACGACAAACCUUAGCACAAACAACAGCAGCUGGCGCUGCAGACUAUAUUAAUAAUAGUGAUAAGGCCACGCCCACAAAUUAAUUGACAACUGGCAGCAGAAUGAUGCAAGGCGUUGACUUUGCUCUUGCCAGCGACAAUGAUGAUGGCCUCAAUCAAUCAUUCAUGGCUCAUACGUUGCCAAAUGCGAGGCCAAGUCUCCGGCCGAGUACCAGUCGCAGUCCGAGCGACAGUUCAAGCCCGGAGCUGUUGUUGCUGCACAAUGAUAAAUUCCUAACACAUGUCGCUCAAAUGCUGAACAUGACGACCGAGAAUCUAACAAAUCUGCUUGCCGCAAACAGCACAAACGGCAGCUCAGCAACAGCAACAAUAACGGCAACAACAACAAUUACUAACAUGGCCAACAGCUCGGAGGAAUCGCCCACGCUGCUCAUCAUCCUAACCAUUUGCUAUGCCCUAAUCUUUGUGGCAGGCGUGCUGGGCAAUCUAAUCACCUGUAUUGUCAUUUCGCGCAACAAUUUUAUGCACACGGCCACCAAUUUCUAUCUGUUCAAUUUGGCAGUCUCUGAUUUGAUUUUGCUCGUCUCAGGCAUACCGCAGGAGCUAUACAAUCUUUGGUGUCCCAACUCGUAUCCCUUCACGGACGGCAUAUGCAUUGUAGAGAGCGUCCUCUCCGAAAUGGCCGCCAAUGCGACGGUGUUAACCAUAACGGCAUUCACCGUGGAGCGUUACAUAGCCAUCUGCCAUCCCUUCAGGCAACACACCAUGUCCAAGUUAUCGCGGGCCAUCAAAUUCAUCUUCGCCAUUUGGCUGGCGGCUUUUCUGCUGGCGCUGCCGCAAGCGAUGCAGUUCUCUGUGGUUAACCAGGAUAAUGGCUACUCCUGCACGAUGGAGAACAACUUUUACGCGCAUGUGUUUGCCGUCUCGGGCUUUAUAUUCUUCUGCGGACCCAUGACGGCGAUCUGUGUACUCUACGUGCUGAUUGGCAUGAAGCUAAAGCGGAGCCGGCUGCUCCAGUCACUGCCGCGACGCGCCUACGACGCGAAUCGCGGCCUAAACGCGCAGAGUCGCGUCAUCAGAAUGCUGGUAGCUGUAGCCGUUGCGUUCUUUCUCUGCUGGGCUCCCUUUCACGCCCAACGUUUGAUGGCUGUCUAUGGCGUCUCGCUGAUUAAUGCCUGCCGCUGUCGAGAUGCCUUUAACGAUUAUUUCCACAUACUUGAUUACACAUCCGGUGUACUGUAUUUUCUGUCCACCUGCAUCAAUCCGCUGCUGUACAACAUUAUGAGCCACAAGUUCCGUGAGGCCUUCAAGAUCACGUUGACACGUCAAUUCGGUUUAGCCAGAAACCAUCAGCAGCAGAGCCAAUAUCGUCAGCACAAUUACAGCGCACUCAUGCGGCUGCAGGGCUCGAUGCGGCUGCAGCCCGUCAGCUGCAGCAACAAUAAUAAUGCACUGGAGCCCUAUGGAUCCUAUCGCGUGGUGCAAUUUCGCUGUCGCGAUGCCAACCAUCAGCUGUCGCUGCAGGAUAGCAUACGUACCAAUACCACAACCACAACCAUUAAUAGCAGCAGCCUGGCUGGAGCUGGUGCUGGUGGUGCUUCAGUUCCUGGUAGUGGUGGUGGUGGCGGUGUUGUCGGUGGUGGCAAUGGUGGUGCUGGCGGCAGGCGCCAACGUAAACAGGAAUUUUAUGCCACAGCGCCGGGCAGCGCAGUGCCACAUCGCUUGCUGCAGUCGCAGGUCUCCAGGCUAAGUGAUGGCAAUUCGCACUCUUUGCUGGACACGAAUGUGGCUGAUGUGGGUCGCCAUUGUGCCGCUGGGCGUGCCAAGCGCACACUGCUGGCGACAAACAAUGGCGCCCUGCUAUUGGCAACGGCCCAGCCAGAGGACGCACAGCCCCCAACGCGCCUCAAGCUAUCACGGGUGAUAAGCCGUCGAGAUGAGCCGGCUUACAGUGGCAGCAGCAGCCUGCCCGACCAGGAGACCAACAACGGCACCAACACCACGGACACAAAUGGCGGCGAGCUGCGCAAGUUUCCAUGGCGCAAGAAGCGCCAGAAGCAAAAUGUGGCCAACAACAAUGAAGCGGGCGGUGGCAGAAAUGGCUAUGCCACGCCCAAGUCGCUGUGAUAAAUGGUACGCUCCCGCAAGCUCUGCAACUUUUUAGCUAGCAAAUAAACGUUUACAAAUAGUUAGAUUUACAUACAUAUUCAGUGUUGAGUUAAUGUUAACAAAUAGUUAAAUAUAUCUAUGGACGAAAAUGUUUUUGUAUUUCGGCUUCUAGUCGGGUGCACGAAAUCCGCUUUUCCGCCCCUAUUUGCACAGAUUUUCGCUUUCAGCUUUGUGUUGUUCCGCUUCUCCAGUCUUAAGCACAAUAAUUUAAUUUAGUAAGA